GUCAGAUGUCAAAUAUGCUCCUGAGGGGUCUUCGCAAAUUGCAGAAUGUGGUACCAUUCAGAGCCUACCAGUCAUCAUCUGUGCUAAGUCAAUCUCAGCCACAAUUACAGACCGCAUCAGGUGAAACUGAGAAUGUCAUUGAUAAAGACGCGAUAUAUGCAGAAUCCUUAAAGCACCCUGACUAUUUCGAAGUCCAUAACCUCUUCACGGUGACGGAUCUGUUCAAUGCUCGCGUCCACUAUGGACACAAGGAAGGCUCAUUGGACGAUCGGAUGCUCCCCUUCAUUUACGGCUCCCGCUUAGGUCAUAUCAUUUUCGACUUGAACAAAACGGCCCAACACCUUCGUGAUGCGCUAAACUUUACAGCUCAUAUUGCCUUUCGGGGCGGAAUAAUUCUGUUCCUCAACCGAAACGCACUUAAUGCCCAUUUAGUGGAAAAGAAAGCGAUAGAGGCCGGCGAGUACGCGCACACGCGAUUCUGGCGCGGUGGAAUUUUCACUAAUGCAAAUAUUCAGUUUGGAGCGGUGACCCGAUUGCCGGAUUUAUGCAUUUUCCUGAAUACACUGAACAAUGUUCUUACCCAACAUGUGGCUGUUCGAGAUGCUGCAAAAAUGGCCAUUCCGACAGUGGGAAUAGUUGACUCCAAUUGCAACCCGAAUCUGAUAACUUACCCAGUGCCUGGGAACGAUGAUUCACCUGCCGCGGUGGAAUUGUAUUGCAACCUGUUUAAGGAAGCGAUACUGAGAGGCAAACAGAAACGGAAAGAGUUGAAACUAGAGUAGGCUUUAAUGUUCGUGUAUUGUUAAGGGUUGGCUGGUGGCGAUACAAUAAAUAUUAGAUUUUAUGAUGAAA